CCUCCAUGAACCACCCCUCCACCUCCAUCCGCGGCGGCGCCAGCCUGCAACCGACGCCCGCCAACAACGUCGGUGGCGGACGGGGUCUGGGCGAUGGAGGUUGGACCAAGGGAGGGACGGCUGCUUCUGAGGUUUGUGUCUUUCUUUCGCUUUCUCUCUAUGCUUUUGGUCUAGUUGAACUAGUUGGUUUGCCUGGUGGCGAUAAGAAGAAUCAUGCUAACGGUGUGGCGGGGCUAGAACAAGCAGAAACAGAGGCAGGGUUCUGAGAGCAGCAUAGACCAGGGUAGAGGCCAGGAGCGGUGGUGGAGGAGGGCGAGCGAUACUACUAAGGAUCCGGUGAAUA